GCGUCGAAUGGUUGCCUAGCGACGACCGUCCAUGCUAGUCUUCAGCUUGGUUCCGUAACCAUUUUGGCGGCGACCAAGAGGGCAGCCAUGGACACGGAGAGGGGCUCUUUCAUCCGCCGGGACUCAGAGAUCCCAAGGAAGGAGGUGCACCUGCGGGUGAUCCCGUCGGAGCUGAAGUUUUUGGACACGUCAGCAGGGAAGGUGUAUCGCCUUCCAUUUACUGUACACAAUUUAGGUCGCUGGAACCAGAAGAUCCGGUUUCAGGAGCCACUGAAACCACAGUUCAAACUGCUUUUGAACAGCCUUGAUAAAGAGCUUGCUUCUGGCCUCCAGAUGACGGCUAUGGUGGAAUAUCAUCCUGAUAAAGAUGAAGACACUUUUGACCAACUACUUAUUUCAGCAGGAAGUAAAACAAUAGAAAUCCCUCUAGUUGGGUUGAUUCCAUGCUGCCAAUUGGAAAUUGAGUCAGAAGUUGAUUUUGGUACACUGGUUGCCAAUAGUAAAGUAUAUUGUAAAGAGAUUAGUAUCGUUAACCAUGGCAAAGCUCCAGGUAUAUUUACCACAGAAUACUGUGGUGGAUUACCCAUUCUCAUUUUUCCAACUAGUGGUAUUGUAGAUGCUAAGUCAUCAAUGACCAUCAAAGUAGAUUUCUGUGCAGACCAGCCCAGAAUUGUCAAUGACACGGCAAAAGUCAGUUUGCAAGGUCGUCCAGACGUACUUUUGACUAUCAAAGUUCAUGUCGUUGAGCAGAUUAUUGAACUGUUAAACAUGACUGGUGAUAAAAAGUUGAAGUGCAUACGUUUUGGUUCUGUUUUCUUCGGGACAUCAAAAAUUGAACGUGCACUUAUACACAAUAAGAGCCCAGAACCCAUAAAUUGGGUGGCCAUAGUGCAAGACGAUUCAGUUGGAGAAGAACUGGGUACAAAUAUUCAACAAAGAACAGAUGUUGCUUUAAACAAUCUUACCUACUUAAGCAAAAUAAGAGACAUAGAUGUCACCUCUUUUAUCUCCUGUGUCCCUAAUGAAGGAACUUUAUCACCUUAUCAAAAGACAGCAAUUACAUUUUGUUUUAGUCCAAAACUGAUCUAUGAUAGCAAAAAGGAUGUUGAUCCUUCACACAGGCAAGACUAUGCUCUCUUUUUGAGGUUUGAGUCUGUAGGAAGUAAAGAUGGAUUUUUGAGAGAUGAUGACAAUACCAUCAACAAAAAUGAUAGAUUUCAGAAAGUGGAAUUAGCAUUGACAGGCUCAGGACUUCCUGUCGCAUUACAGUUUGAUCCAGGGAUGGUCCUUAAUUUUGCACCUUGUGUCAUGGGUGAGCAUUCAGAGGUUCUGUGUAUUAUGCAAAAUCGAACCAAAUCACUCCCUGUGAUAUAUCACUUCCGAAAAACAGCACAUUUUAAAAUUGACCCUGAAAGGGGCAAGAUUAAUGAAGGAUGUAUGCAGAUUGUGAUGUGUUCAUUUAUUCCACGUCAAGUUGGAACUUUUAAAGUGAAGCAAGUAAUUGAGAUUAUUGGCUUAGUAGCAGAUGAAAACUUGCAGUCUUUAUCGAUGAAACCAUUUCAUCAUAUACAUUUAGAUUUCAACAGCGUCUGCAAACCUUUCACCAAGGAAGUUGUGAUGAAAAUUAAUCCUGGUAUAUCCCCAUUGGUCAGUAAUCCAACGGGACAGUUUGUGGUCAAAGAUUUCGCAAAGUGCAAAGAUUAUGCACCUGUAGCAAUGCUUCAGUCAGCCAAGGCACGCAUUCACAGUCAUGAAGCAAGUAAAGACACAGUGAAGGAUGCACUGAUAGCCUUCCCCAAUGAUCGAGCUGCAAGUAUCAGGCCUGGGGAACAGGGCAAACAUUUCAGAACAAUUUUCACAAAGAUACCAAGAUACAAUUACGUGGAUCCUGAUUUUGCAUAUACUAAAAUUGAAGAAUUAGAAAAGAGAGUACAUCAAAACUACUAUGAAAAAUAUAUAAAAUGUUUAAGAUCUGUACGCCUGCAGAAACAAGCAGAGAGGGAAUCCAGGUAUUCAUACGAUGAACUAAACAUAGGGUUACAGCCAGGAUCGGGUCUCAAGUCACCUUCACUGUCAGAAUCAGACAUAGAAGAUGAGACAUCUUCAGCAGAGUGUCAGAUCAAAAAUGAUAAAAUGCUAUGUACCAGGAAUAUAGCAUCCAAGGAAGCAGAGUCCCUGAAAAAAAAGGUUCUCAAAGGACUUAAAUCAGAACCAUCCACGCCCCAAGAAAAACAAGAUUGUAGCUUAAUUUUGACAUCAAAGCAAAUUCAUCAAGUAAUUGUUGGGCCCUCAGUCCUUAACUUUGGUGAUGUUUGUGUAAACUCCACAAAUACUCAUCCACUGCAUGUUAUUAAUAUGCUACCUAUGCAUAUUUUGAUCCAGUUAGAUAUUGAUUUGGAAGAACUUCAGAAGACCAAACAGCUUUCAUAUGUGAUUCCACCUACAACCAGUACCUACAUUUCAAUGAUAUUUGAAUCACCCACCAUUGGAAAAUUUUGGAAGUCUUUCACGUUUACUGUGAACAACACACCUGGCGGGCACAUCCUAGUGAUGGCAGUUGUCCAGUUAGCAAAGCUUGAGCUGUCUUCUAAUGAGAUAGUAUUGAGACCACAUGGUUUUGCGAUGAAAGCAUGUUUUAGGGGAACAGUUAGGUUGUAUAAUCGUCAGAAUUAUUUUGCCCAAUUUAAAUGGCUACCGGUGAGGAAAGAAAGACGGAUGGUGUUUUCCAUUCGUCCUUCUAAAGGCGUUGUCGAAGCAUACUCAUCACUGGAAUGUGAAGUAACAUGGCAACCAGGUUUCAGUUCUCCAGAAAGGGGAGAAUUUAUUCUUCAGGUCUAUAAAGGAAACGCAUUGACACUGAAAUGUGUUGCACAUAUUGGUCACACCAAGGUUAUAUUAUUGGAAUCAAGAAUACUCUUCAGUAAUAGUCCUCAAGGUUUAACAAGUUGGAGGAAGGCCGUUCUUCGUAACGUGGGACAAAACCAUGCUUUUUUCAAGGUUUGUGACCAGAAUCUUCUGCCAAUCAUUAAUAUUGUUCCAUCGGAAGGAAUAGUUCCACUGGGGGGACUAACUGUUCUCAAUAUUGGCUGCACACCUACUGUGGCAGAAAAAUUUGAUACAAAAGCAAAGGUUGCUAUUCGCCAUGCAAAUAUCUUAGACCUUAGGAUUGGUGGAUCUAUUGAGGUUGCCGAUGUUGAAGUCAGCCCGAAUGUCUUUCAUUUCUGUGGCACUUAUGUCGGCUCUACUGAGGUUAUUCCAUUUGUAAUAAAAAACAGAGGUAUAACACGUGCCAGGGUGGAGUUUGAUCUAGAAGAAUAUGAAGAUUUUGCUAUGGAUUUAAAAGACAAGGCGUCGGAGUUUGCAAAUCCUGAAUUUCCAUUCAUAUAUUCUUUUGAGGUAGAGGAAAAUACAUCUCUGGAAUGCGGCCUAGCAUUUUCUCCCAAAGAAGUGGCAACAUUGAACUUUACCUUUCAAGUUCGAGUUAAUUUCAUGGGUGCUUCAGAAGAUUACCGUAAAGCUCAUUUGUCAAGCUCUACACCAAGCCCAAAGACAGGGCCACUUAUUUCCACAUGUUAUAUUCAAGCGACUGUAUUGCAGGCACCAUUGAAAUUAUCCAGUACUGAGUUUGUGUUUGAAGUUCCUUUACAUAAUCUGGAGCAGAAUAAGAAAGUCACAAGAGUUCAGGAACUUCUCUUUCAUAAUAUUUCAAAACGACAUAUCCAGUGGACUUUGGAUAUUAGUGACACCGGCAGACUUUUCACAAAUGGCACGUUCAAGUUUAGUGCACAGACUGGACAUCUGCAACCAAAAGAAAAAUAUAGUAUUUCCAUAUUUUUCUGUCCAAAUAAUCCUGGAAAAUAUGCAGUGAAUAUUCCUGUACUUUUAAAUGAUAAUCCACUUUGCUAUCAAAUGUUACAUCUUACUGGAGAGGUAAAAUCACCCAAGUUAUUGUUUGAUCCACCAUUUAUAUUUUUCACUCCUGUUCCUUUGGGUGUAACAACUACGAUGGAUAUCACUAUUACACCUCAAAACUAUUUCAGAGCUUCAAUGCUAAGUAUCCAGAUUGCCACAGAGAUUCCUCUUGAUGAUGAUAAGAUUUUCCCUCUUUCUGUGAAGUUUCCAAAUGGCAAAAGCAUUACAGGCUCUGGCUGUGGAGUUAAUCCUAGACUCACCAGCCAACUCAGCUUCAAAUCAUCUAAACCGAUGUCGUUUUUAACCAAUGUAGUUUUCUAUGAUGACCAAAAGAAUUGGUUUUCUCUCCCGGUUUCUGCAACAGCAGAAAACUGCAUUCUUACUAUUUACCCAUAUAUGGCAAUUCAUCUUCAUAACCGAAAAAUUGUUCUAAAGAAUGAAAUGGAAAUCUCAUAUGAAAAUAUGAUAUUGGACGAAAAUGAAACAUCAAAGAAACAAGAUGAUACACCUGUGGAAAAAGAGGAGCAAAAUACGCAGUUCUUUCCUCCUGAAGACGGAACAAAGGCGUGUGACUUCUUUCAGAAGGUUGUGAAUGCAACUCAGACCUGGUUCAGUCUCUUUGGGUGGCCUGAAGGACCUCAUUGUCUAUCUAUCCCAGAGACUAUAAGAAGGGAUGUGUGUAAAAUACAAUUGUACCCAUCAAAUUCAUCAUCCAAAAAAUUUUGCAGACAGAAUGACUUUUCUAAAUAUAAUAAAACUAUUUAUGAUGUGCUGCUCCACUUGAGUGGAAAAAUGCCACCUGGAAUUAGUUUAAGCCAGUCUUUACCUGUGGAUGACACUGCACGACUGAAGCAACUUCAUUUGCAACAUUCUUCAGUCCUCACCUUUCUCAACAAUCAAGGAGCAUGCAUUGCUCAUGUACUGCCAGAAUUUCUGUUUGAACCAGAAGAUUAUACGAAGUGGAUUGAAAUUACAUCUUCCAGUGAUACCAUGCCUGCGAAUUCUCGUACACCUGAGGAUAAGAAUCCUCUUAUUAUAGAUAUGGAUGAAUUUGAAGCCUUGAGUACACGGGCAUGGACAGAUGUACUCCUUCAGACAUACAAGGUGUUGGUUUUAUCCCGGGUUGCACCAUAUUGUGGCAAUAAUGUACCUCCCUUACGUGUACAGAAUACACCAAAAAUCAAUCCUUCUUUUGCAUCUAGCAACAUAUAUUCUACUUCUGAAAGGAUUCUGCUCAGUUGGAUGAACACAAAUUAUGAGAAUACCCGACAUAUUAUAUGGAAAAACUGUCGCAUGGGUGUUACUCCCCCUGAGAGGUGGAUAAUAAAUUUUGACAAAGAUCUUUCAGAUGGGCUUGUUUUUGCGACACAGGUGGCAGCCUAUUGCCCAUUUUUGAUUGAUUCUUAUUUUGCAAAUAUGUACACACAACCAAAGAGCCCUGAACAAUAUCUGCACAAUUGCCUGAUUGUCGUGAAUGCUUUUCAUGAAAUUGGCUUUUACACGGACAUACAAGCUACAGACAUCUUUGACCCAAACCCAAUUCUGAUGCUCAUGCUUUGUGUCUACAUGUAUGAAAGGCUUCCUACAUACCUUCCCAAGAAGGUGGUGCCCUUUAAUUGUACUCUACAUGACACUGUGCUGAGAGAGAUUCUACUGAAAAACUCAAGCGUGAAAAACUUAGUCUAUAAUGCUACGAUUGUUGGAAGAGAUGCCGCUGACUUCUCUCUCUCCCAAACAGGGAAUGUUGUGACAAUUUCUCCAAAGAACCAAAUUAAUGUCACUGUGAAAUUCAUCAGCCGCUUUCUCCAUCCAGCUGAAGCUUCACUGCUAUUAAUUUCAAAACCUAAGAAUACAGUUGGAGGUGCUACGAUGACUUUUGCUCUGAGGGCAGAAGUCCGCAAUUUUCAAGCUAUGGAUGUUAUAAAAUGCAAAACUCCGUGUUACCAAUGGAAAGAAAUCACUGUUAAAGUUAAAAGCCAUUUCCAAACUGCUGGGGAAUUCAAUAUCAUAUUGGUGGAGUCCUCAACAUUUGUAACUUCACCAUCACAAUUAAAUGAAUCUGGACAGCUCACUAGCCACAUGAACCAUGGUGAUACUGUGAGUAGCAGUGAAUAUAAAACUCCUGGGACUUAUUCUCAUUACCAAAAUGCCUUCAAAACCUCAAUUAGAUCCAGUUUCAUCAAAGAGUUCUUCUGCUCCGCCCGUACUAUUUAUCUGGGAGUGAAAGGGUCUUCAAGCCUGGAAAUCUUCUUUCUUCCCUUUGACAUGCAAACGCGCUACUGUGUCAUCAUCCUGAGCAACCCAAAGAUUGGAGAAUUAAUAUACAUGGUGGAAGGUAAAGGUUUGAUGCCCCUGCCUUCCAAGUUUAUUCCAUUGAAUUAUUCACCUCCACUUGAUUACAACACUUCUCCAGAUGAAGGUAGGGUAUAAGUUUAUCCAGUUCUGUAUUUGAACUGCAAUCUCCAGCAAGUCCUGGACUUGGAACUUAAAUUGCCACUGACGAAUGAAGCCAAGGAAAAGGCUUUGGCUUUUGCAGCGCAGCAACAGAUAUCCGAUCUUGAGUACGAGCGAAGAUUUAUCACAGGCACUCUGGAGAGCAGCAGUAUCCGCGUGGCCAUCGCCAUCCUGGGGCUCACCAUGGUUGAGUCUUGCAAGCUCUUUAAUAUCUCAAAGUUAAAGAAGCCUAAGUCUGUUGUAUACGAGACAGAAGCGAGUCUUCCACAACAUUUCCUUAUCCCCCAGAAAAUCUGCAUCCCUCAGGUUCCAGAAAGUCAAGAUAAAUCUAAAAGAAUUAAACCUGCAAGUAAAAAAGCUCUAGAUGAGUAUGUUCCAUUUCCUUUACGAUUUGUUCCUCUCAGUCCUGGACGUUACCCUUGUAAAAUUUUGCUGACAUCAAGGUAUGAUGUCCGUGUCUAUUGUAUUGAAGGGGUGGUGAAUGAAGAAAACGCAGAAGCCAAACUACAGUUUGAGACACCAGCGUUUAAAGCCAUUACCCAGAAUAUUCCAAUAAGUAAUAAAACAAAGAAUGAAUGGAGAUGUCAAGUUACUAUAGAAGGAGAAUGGUUUUAUGGACCUUCUGUUUUAUACAUCGCACCAGGAGAAACUGCACAAUAUCCUCUCACAUUCAAACCUAUUUUGGAGUGUGAGGUUACGGGCAAACUUACUCUACAAAAUGAAGCAGAUGGUGUGAAGCACGUCUUUGACAUAAAAGGGAUUGGAAGGACACCUCUGGCCUUUGAAAACGUUGUUGUAAACUGCCAAGUGGGAGACAUGGUUAAUAAACCCAUAAUGGUGCCCAAUUAUACAAAGACUAUUGUAACAUAUAAGGUAACUUCAGAUCUUCCAAUAGUGUGGGGAUCUCCAGACAUUACCAUAGAUGCUGAUAGUGUAGUUCCGUAUGUUCUACACAUAUCUCCUUGGAAGCGUGGCAUAUUCAAAGGUGCAGUUUCAUUUAGUGUUAAAAGCAGACAAGAUAAUGAUUUUCAGGAAGAGACAGAUCGAGAACAAUCCAUUCAGAAAUCAUCAUCAGAAAUAUCCCAAAAUUUUGAUGAGGAAGACUCAGAUGGUGGCGUUAACAGUGUAAAAGUCUGGUAUUCUCUUGAGAUCCGCAGCUCUCCUGCACCACCUGUAAAAAUUAUUAUAAUGAACUGUGUUGCCUUGGAAAGCAAGUGCAUUGAAAUACCUCUCUCAAAUCCAAAAGACAAAGUUAUUCACUUAGAUGUACAAUUAACGAAUCCGGCCCUUAGUGGACUCAAGAGACUUACACUGAACCCACAAGAAGUUGUCAAUUAUGUUGCCAGGUGUUCUCCAGCGACUGCAGGCCAUAGUGAGGAAAGUGUUAUUUUUCAGCCUGAUGCAGCUCUAGAGUUCUGGUAUUUACUUAAAUUAACGACUGAAUUACCAAAACCAACCACGAUGCCAGAAGUACAAUGUGACCUUGGAAAGUAUGUGACUCAGAUUAUUCUCUUAAAUAAUCCUACACAUGAAACCUUAGAAUUGGAAACAACAAACAGUAAUCCUAGUAAUUUUAUCCUGGAUAUUAACAGAAGAUUACCACUGAUUGUCCAUCCUUACUCCACUAAAGAAGUUAUUGUUUACUUCCAACCUUCGGCACUUGGGAGGGCUGCUCACCAAGCUUCAGUCAUCUUCCACUGUGCUCAGUUUGAAGAAUGGAGAUUCCUCCUCUUUGGAGUAGGACUGUUCCCCGAGCCUCUAGAAACACAAAAAGUAACCACAUUUCUCAAUCUUCAUGCACCUAUCGUUAUACCUUUCAUUAAUCCCACCAAGGAAGAUGUUUUAAUCAAUCUCAGGCUAACAAGUCAGGAACCGCUCAUGGAUCUCUUCCUUGACCAUUGCUGGGAUAGCUUCCUUGUUGAGCAUUCUGCCUUCAUGUUUAAUCCUCUGAGUACUGUAGAAGAAGUUGCAUUGCCACCUAAAGGAAGUAUGGAAAUCCCAGUGUCAUUUAUCCCUGACAGUAUGAAAUUAUAUAAAACAAUGGCUGUUAUUCAGAUGUUGAGGGCAAACGGACAAAAUUGGCCUAUUGACAAUUUUGAUGAAUUGGAUACACGGACGAAAAGAAUUAUGAAAAUAAACUGUGGAGAAGUAAGAGCAAUACACUGGAUAUACCCUAUCCUUGGACUCCCACAGGCACCACUUCCUGACGGCCCUCCAGUUGUCAUAAAAUGUCAAGCCAAGAAGCGGAUAGAAGAGGCAGUGGAAAUCACACUGAAUGGUGAAUUUUUUGGACAAAAUCCUACUGCAGAAAUGACAGAAUUUAUAGUGUCACCAAAAAGGAGUCCAAAUAAUAAUUAUUAUGAUGAUCCCUGGUCAGUUCCUGGAGUACGUGAAUUCCAGUAUGAACUUGAAUUUGAGUCUGAAGCUAUGCAGUCUAACUUGGAAUCCUGCUUGGCUUUAUAUUUGAUCGAAACAAGUUAUCAUAUCAAGGCUGAAACGAUAACAAUGGUUUUCAAUGUGAUAUUUGCACCAAAGAAACCAUUAAGGUCUCAAAUUAUACUGAAAAUAGAGUGCACAAGAGAUGGGAUCUGGAAGUUUCCCUUAACGUUGCUUGCUACUGAGCCAGAUGUGGACGAUGUCAUUGACAUAGAAGGGGUUGGCUUAUUUAAAGAUUCUGUUGUUGACUUCAGGCUGACAAGUCAGACAAGCAAUACUGAGCCGUUCACUGCAUACUUCCUACCUGGCAGUGAUCCAGAGUUUUCUGUAAAACCCGAAUGUGGAGAACUUCCACCGUAUGACACUGCUGGAGCCCUCAUUAGUGUGAUAUUUAGACCCCGGAUGUACAGCAGGAAAUACAAAGCAACAUUAGUAAUACAGACCGAAGAUAUGUACUGGAUGUAUGAUAUCAAUGGGUUACCUCAAAGUACGACACCACCGAAGAAUGCACAGGCCAAAAUCGAUUCUUCUAACACAAAGUUUGACUGCAGGCCAAUUCGUAGGCGUGAUUUUAUCCGUGAAAAUGCCAAACUCAAAAGGACAGGGGUAUCCUCUACCAUCAAGGGUGCUCCUUUGAUGUUGAAGCAUAAAUAAAAGAGUACCUUUUUUCAAAAAUUGU